CAACUUCUGCGUUCCGCGUGCGGCGGGGGGGGGCUCGCUGGCCGAGCUCGCCACUGCCCCCCCGGGUUGUGUUUCAGCUGAACAGAUUCCACGCACCGCGUUUGUUAUCGUUAGACUUCGUUUCUUCUAUUUGUGGCAAACCUGGUACUGUAUUUUCCGGUAUUUUCACGCGGUUACCGGUUUUUGCACGGACACCGAUUCCGGGGAGAGAGAUCCGCGAAGUUAAUUUCUCAGCGCUGCCACGACCCCUCCUCGCUCGCUCCCUGCGCCUCGAGAGAGUGGAUGGGAAACCGCCGCGCUGUGUGGCAAAGCGUGAGGGCGGGCGGAUGAGUGGGUGAGCAGGCGUUGUCCCUGACGGCGCGGGACCCCCCGAGAGGAGGAAGAAGUCCGCUAGAGCCACGGCGAGGACGCUCCGCUCCACAGCCACACGACCACGACGACGACCCCAGGACCAGGCGCAUCUCUCUUCUCCAUUCGUCUGGAGCGAGCGAGUGAACGAGCAAUGGAUGUGCAGCUUCGUAAAGACGUGCCCAGGUCCCAAAGACCCCGCUCGACUAUCGGCCUGUUGACCUCGGGUGGUGGUGGAGGAGGAGGAGGUGGAGGAGGUCGAGAGGGGCGGGUGGAGCGCUCCGACGUGCUCAAGGACACGGCGAUCCGCGCGUCGGUCCGCGACGACCGCAGCUGGAUCCGCAACAUGGGCGGCUACGACAACACGGACAGCGCUUCGAAUGGAAGGAACCUCCUCGGAAGAAGAUCGCUGACUUUGCCCGCCCACCGGAGCUCGGAGGAGCGAUCUCUCCCGGAGAGGUGCGAGUCGACCGACAGCUCCGACGACGAGGCAGGCUCACGCGCUCCAACGCGCAUCUACUCGGUGGAGGGCACCCAGAAAAAAAUCGCAGGAGGGCAGCAGCUGCAGCAGCAGCAGCUGCAGCAGCAGCAGCUGCAGCAGCCACCCAAUGCAGUGACCACAAGUGGACAGAGCGCAGAAACGGAGGCCGACGUGGCGGACGGGCAGGAGUCGCGCAUCUCUCCCUCCGUGACGCGCGCUCGCUUCCACAGCAGGCCGCCGUCCAAGAGCAGCAGCCUGCCGAGAAGUCUGAUCCCUCCGGGCGGCGCCAGGGGCGGCUCCGACAGCCCCGAUGCCAAUGUGGUCAUCCAGAAGAGGAGCACCAGCGUCCUGUCGUCGUCAUCGGCGGCAGCGAUGCCUCCGGCUCACGGGAGCAACGCCUGGCGGAAGUGCUCUCGUUGCGGCUCGUCGCUCGGGAAGCGCACGGCCUUCAUCCUCGAGUACCUGGGCCUCUACUACCACGAGGAGUGCUUCAAGUGCGCCAGCUGCAGCUGUUCCCUUGGCCACGUGGGUGACGGUCACAAGCUGCGCAUCGUGGCCAAGAAGGUCAACUGUGACGCGUGCUACAAGAAGAAGAUGGGUCUGUAAAAGCACUAACUUCGAUGCCAAAAUCGCCCGUCAUCGAACGAGAACCCCGCAUCAACCCACCGCCUGGCCACAGUCCAGCUUGCGCACAUGGGUAUUCACGUAGUCGUUGGGGGCCUACAUUAGCACAAUUGAAUUAUAACGAGGUAUUCGAACAUGCUUUAAUCGAUUAACAUAACGUCUUACUUUUCAUGACGCACGCAUCGAAUUGUGUGCUAAGGUUAGGAUUUUGUCACAGAGGUCUUGGAGGUCACUGCUGGUCAUGGAAAUCGUAAAGUGAAGUGAAAUGUUGGUUCGUGGCUGCAGACGCUCAGUAGAUUUGGGUGCUUGAUUCUUCUCAGAAUUUCUGCAACGUCACGGAGCUGAAACCGGUACCGGUGCUGCUGUGGUUGCAAUGGGAGGGGGUGUGGGGGUGGAGGCGGCUAGUGCUGUCCCUGGCAGGGGAAUGUCAUUCAACCACCCACCCACUCAACCACUCACCCACCCACUCAACCACUCAUCCACCCACCCACUCAACCACUCAUCCACCCACCCACUCAUCCAUCCACCCACCUACUCAACCACUCGCCCAUCCACUCAACCACUCACCCACCCACUCAACCAUCACCCACCCACAACAACCACUCGCCCAAUCAUUCACUCACUCACCCACUCAACCACUCAUCCACCCACCCACUCUAUCACUCAUCCACCCACUCAACCACUCACCCACCCACUCAACCAUCACCCACCAACUCAACCACUCACCCACCCACUCACCCAUCACCCACCCACUCAACCACUCGCCCAAUCAUUCACUCGCCACACUACAGGUCCCACCUCAUUCUCUCCGCAUCUUCCCUCACACUGCUCCACUGUUGAAAUUCCAUAUCCCGUCACCACCGUCGUCUCUGUCCCCCACAAGCUCCCACAAUACCGACCUCGGCUCGAUGCAAGAAAACGCGUUGCAUUCUUUACCCCUUGACAACUCUGAUAAAAUAGUCCUGCUUGAUGCCGACCGAGUUGAUGUUUUGGACGUUUGUUCAGCAACCGUUAAAAAAAUAUAAAGACCGCCCACUCGAACUUUCAAUUCUAUUAAAUCGAUAAAACCAUAACAAAUAAGCCACUUGGUUUAAAUUUGUUGAACUUUGAAACAGUUAUGUUAUUUUUUUACUUGAUAUACAUUUAUACAAUUUGUGAUUAUCAUUUUUAAGCAAGGCACCUUUCCCAUUUUUCUGGGAACAAUUUAAUUUUUCCUGCAGCUUAGCCGUGGAAUUUUAGGAAAAUAAACCCCCCCCCCCCCCCGUGACAAAAUCACAUUCUUAGCGACGGUGUAUGGAAGUGAAAUGCUCGAUGAGAAGUUGCCGUCGUGUCAUAUUUAGGGCCGCGUAGCAAGUGGAACGGUUUCAAUCAGAUGGAGUGCAAAUAGGAAAACAACUAUCUGAGCGAGAGUGAGUAAAAGACCGAGACGAAAUGUCGCUCCCUAAAUGUAACCGUGAUUGCAAAUCGUGACGACAAAUUUGCUUGCUGGGGUGCGUGCAACGGUGAUCGUGGCUAAUUUUGAACGACAAUUCACAUUCUAAUUGUGUAAAGUGUGAAUGUCUAUGACUCGCUCAUUCCCUUCAGAGCGCCGAGUUGGUCGCUUCAAUCCGACCGGGGUGGCCCAGCGGUGGAGCCAGGGGCUCCCAAUCAGAAGGUCCGUGAGUUCAAAUCCUGGUUGGCUGUUGAUUUGGCCAAUCAUCCCUGGCCUCCUGGGGUCGAUAAAAUUCCGAACCACUUUGUGGGAAAGAGCAACACAGUUCUGGUUUCCCUAUAGACUGGCGCUUGCCAUAUGAAUAUGGAAUGUGCAUCGCUGUGCUGUGACUCGGAGGUGCGCACUGGAAGCCUCGAUGUGCAUUUAUCCAGGCAACCACUUUGGCUUUUUUUAUGACGUACGUAGUCGGAGGGUCAAUCUCGAGUGGAAUCGUCAUGCAAUGUCAGUCGGUGGGUCUCGGCUCACUUCUCGGACCUUAGGCCCAGAUUCUGUGUUGCUUGCGGGGAAACUAAAACUUACAAAAACAUAAAUAUUAAUAUUUUUCCACCUUCGAGAGAAAUGCCAAAGGAUUAUUUAAUGUCAGAUGUGUAAUUAUUGAGCAAUUUCUAGCAUAAACAUUUGGCACGUCAUGAUGAAUUCAAUCAUUGAAGUUGAUUCUAAUGGUUGUGAUGCUUGCAUUGAUUCGUGCGUCAAAGUAGAUUGUGGACCACUAAUCCAGGUUAUAUUUGCGCGCUAUACGCGUACGCGCAGUGACUUUCGGCUCGUGGAGCAAAUUCAGCGGUACAAACGAGACGAUACAAACGAGUCGGACAAUCACUGAUGGUACACAUGAGACCGAGAAUUCCAAUGAGAUGGUAUCAACACAACGGAUGGUACAGAGGGAAUGGACGAGACCAGUUACACCGACCAGUACGAAUGAGACGGUCCAUAUGAGACGGGCAAUAUAAAGAGAGACAAUGUAAAGAGAGACCAUAUAAAGAUAGACAAAGAUUGUCAACCUAUGAAUUAUAUAUUCUUAACGGGAUUUAGUUUCGAGCAAAUCAAACGGAAUCACAAUUGAUUGAAUUUUUAAAUGCUUGUGGCUCUGCAAAUGUAAUCAAACGCAAUCAUUGUUACCCGCCCCACUAAUAUCAGAAGGGUUAUUUUAUGUAUAGUGCAGUAUCUUGGUGCUUUCAAUUUUAUUUCUUUCAUAUUAAUGGUACAGAUGGCAUGAAAUGAAGGUGGCCCUUGCAUGGUUAUAUUGCCAGUCCCAUUGCCACCAUCAAAUCCAGGUAUUAUCUAUCCCGUUUCUGUGGGCACGACCACAAUUUAUCGCCUCUGCCUUUUCGAUCAACGCACUCCCCACUUGCUCUCCAAGGUCGAUGCGUUAUUUUAAGCGGAGAAAGAUUUGCGUAAUCGUUCGUGUAAGUUUAUCAUUAAUCUUGGUGCAUAUGGUGUCGCAGGGAAGGCGCUGCUGUGUUUUGCAGUAUGGGGCUGCUGCUGCUGUGUGAUCCCUAAUUGAGUAAUUUUCUGCGUCAUUUUUUAAAAUUGCUACAUGUUGAACGUGACGCCGGCACGCGAUGGCCAACUCGGUUUAGUCGGAACGUCGUGGGACGCGUAACGCGCUCCACCGCUGGAGACGACGCGGCACCCCGUACCUUGACCGCUUGGCACGCCCGCAGGGACAACCAGGGCACCCUGCUGGAUUUGGGAACCGUGAUCAUGAAUUGGCUCUCUUCUAUUUCCCUUGGCCAUAGUGUGCCGACCAGGCAAGGAUUUCGCGGUAAUGGAGAAAUGCUCACGAUGAAAUGCCACGCAGUGUCCGGACGUGCUGGGACACGCGGCGCGUGCCACGUGCGCCGGGGGCUGCGUGCCACGUGCGCCGGGGGCUGCGUGCCACGCGCGCCGGGGGCUGCGUGCCACGCGCGCCGGGGGCUGCGUGCCACGCGCGCCGGGGGCUGCGUGCCACGUGCGCCGGGGGCUGCGUGGCGACGCUGUCGCAGCCUUUGGACCUCGUUCCCGGGGAGCGUUGCAGCUCAGCCGCAAAAAACAACAACCCUCUGCUGCCUGGUUGUUAAGAAAUGCUAUUUUGUUUAUAAAAUUAGCUCCGUAAUUGUUCUCUUUGCCUUGUAGCGCACGGUAAUAUACAAUACAGGGUUUGCUGUUGUGGGCA